AUGGUCCAGCAGGCUGUACAGGGAGGAGCUCCAGCUGCUUACGCCCAAGAAAUGGAGAGGCUAACCGCUAAAGAAUCCCUUCUUCUUGCUGAACAUCUAAAGGAGAUGAAAUUGUUUAGUUAUAUGCCUUCGGAUAUGUACAAUUUAAACUCAACAUAUGGUUCUGAGGAGGAACUUAAACACUGCAUUGAAGAAAUGCAUUCUCAAGACCUUUUGGCCUUGGGAGAUGUUGUGCUGAAUCAUCGGUGUGCACAUAAACAGAGCCCAAAUGGUGUUUGGAACAUUUUUGGUGGCAAGCUUUCUUGGGGUCCUGAGGCAAUUGUUUGCGAUGAUCCAAAUUUUCAGGGUCGUGGAAACCCUUCUAGUGGUGAUAUAUUCCAUGCUGCACCAAACAUCGAUCAUUCCCAGGAGUUUGUAAGAAAAGAUAUAAAAGAGUGGUUAAAUUGGCCUCGAAAUUACAUUGGUUAUGAUGGGUGGCGCCUCGACUUCGUGAGGAUGCUUGGGAAAGUUUUGAAUGGUUCUAUAAAUUCAGAAUUAUAUUUCUAUUCCUAUAUUUUAGUAGAAGUUUUUGUCUUAUAUGUUGUUCACAGGGGCUUCUCAGGUUCUUAUGUAAAAGAAUAUAUUGAAGCUUCAAAUCCUGCAUUUGCUAUUGGAGAAUAUUGGGAUAGUUUAGGUUAUGAGCAUGGCGACUUGUGUUACAAUCAAGAUGCUCAUAGGCAAAGGAUAGUCAAUUGGAUCAAUGCCACAGGGGGUACUUCAUCAGCAUUUGAUGUCACAACAAAGGGAAUCCUCCACUCUGCUCUGCAUAAUCAAUACUGGAGAUUGAUAGAUCCUCAAGGCAAACCAACUGGAGUUAUGGGAUGGUGGCCUUCGCGUGCUGUCACAUUUCUAGAGAACCAUGAUACAGGAUCAACACAGGGUCACUGGCCAUUUCCACGAGAUAAGCUUGCACAGGGAUAUGCCUAUAUUCUGACCCAUCCUGGAACAUGGAGCAGUGGAGCAGGACCUUUGUGUUGCUCAGACCCUCCAAUCCUUGAUCCACACAGUGGAGCAGGCCAUGUCGAGAAACUUGGUGGCCUUCCCACCUAUGUCAUCGGUUCUCCCUACUCUAAGCAUGCUGCUAUUCUUAUUUCUAAUGUAUAUGCAGAGGAUGUGGCUUUGUUUAUGAAGAACACUAAUGGCUUGAAUGAAACAAUGAUCGGUGGCUAUUUGGGUGAGAGAGAUGAAUUUCCACUGAAAGUUAUGCAUGCCUAUGUGGAUUCCUUUAAUUUUAAAGGGAUAGAUUUCGGUGAAGCAAUAAGGUUUUUCCUACGCGAGUUCAGGUUGCCUGGAGAGGCACAAAAGAUCGAUCGCAUCAUGGAGAAGUUUGCCAUACGUUGCAUUGUUUGA